AUGACUACCUUGAGUGAGAGUAGUUCCCAAUUUAUAACCAUAGGCCUACAAAAGGUCGCAUUCUUAAGAACGAAUCACAUCUUAAGAGAAGUCCUCUUUUCUUGCAAAAUAACACCUCUUUCUCGCUCAGUCUAUAUCUAUCUAUCUAUCUAUUUAGAUGGAUUGAACAGAAUCAUUCAACCUGCAGUAAAACAUGCAGCGCGGAUUGUUGCUGAGCAAAAUCCAGAAAAACAUGGCUGGAUCUUGAAAUAUUUUGAUGAAAUUUAUGCUGGCAUGGAUUUCCUAAUUGAAAAUUAUUAUCUUUAUAAAUAUGCUGGUUCAUUUACCGAAAACUUUUAUGGCAUGAAAAGAGUUGAUCAAUUUCCUGUUCGACUUUUGAACCAAAGUGCUUAUUGGAAAUCAAUUUUCUUCCUGGUGGCCUUCCCAUACAUCAAAGAGAAAUGGAAAAAGUCCUAUGAAGAAUUCAGGGAAAAUACUUUGAAACCUGCAGGAAUAAAAAAGAUUCAUCCUUUGAAGAAGAUCUCACUCGCUUUGUUUCCAUACGCGAAUAGCUUUUGGGAAGUUCUGGUGCUUUUUUUUGAACUGUCCUACAUCUUUCAUCGUUCGGAUUGGCCAACUCCCGGUCUGUACUUGGCUGGUACCAAACUAACAACAAUUUCACCAGAAAUGGAAUUUCUACCCAAAACACAUUCUUUAUAUUUACUUUCUCCAAUUCUCUUUCCCAGUUCUUUUCCAAGACAAGUUGCUCGUCUUUGUCUUCAGUUAUUGAAUUUCAUCUCAUACGGACUGUCAACAGGUUUAUCAAUUGGAGUCUUUUUCCUUCAGUUCCUUGAUUAUUGGUACAAUACUCUGAAUAGCACCAAUUCCCCAAUUGCCUUAACAAUUCAACCAAUUCCUAAGAAACCCAAACCAUAUCCAUUACCUCCAGGUUGUUCCUUUUCUACUUGUCCUCUGUGCAUGAAGACAAGAACAAAUGAUACAGUGUUAAGCGUGUCUGGUUUUGUGUUUUGCUAUCCCUGCAUUUAUGACCAUGUGAAUGUCAAUCAUUGCUGCCCAGUAACUCAAUAUCCAGCCAAUGUUCAACACUUGGUGAGACUCUUCUCUUCAGAGUCAUAA